AUGGAGCAAUCAAACGAGAAAAAGCGACAGAAUGAGGAGGGUCAAGAUGGGAACGACUACAACAGUGCUGAGGCCUGGCAGGAGUGGGAAGAAGAAAUGAAACAGUAUGAAGGAUGGGAAACACACGCGAACCACAGCCUGUCAGUGACCAGCAAGAGAGCCAGAACUGACGGGUAUGGACAAAGCUCGCAGGUCAAGGAUGUACUUGUUAGCCAACUGCUCGAAGAUGUUGAAGCUCGCACAAUGAUUGUAGAGACCCUGGUGGAAGCUGGUGUGGAUACAGACAUCAUCCAGAGUUUAUUCUCCCAGCACAUCAGGACCUUUGUGCUGCAGAAGCAAUCUAACUCGAGCCAAGGCGGAAGAAUCUACCUGGUGCAUGAUCCCGAGAGAAACUUGCACGUGUCUGUUUUCGGUUGCGGCUGGCUGGCGUUCCUGCUGAGGCAACGAGGACAAGACAUCGAGGCUUACGACAGCAAAGAGCAGGAGGACGGCACUUUCAUCGCUGAGUGGCAGAGGUGGCCAUGGAGUGACGCAGUGACGGCUGGAUCGUUUGAAAAGCUCGAAUCUGCCGAUGAGGGCCGGAGCCUCAUCCUGUGGGUGCUGGCCGGACAUGGGAUCCGACUUCGCCAUUUCUUGUCUGCGGCGAUUCAAGGGGAAGAAGCUGGUAUUGACCCGCCUCCUGUUCGCCGAGUCGACAUCUCUGACAGAGCACGAAGAUCUACAUAG